AUGCUGCCCGAGUUCGACGCCCAGGGUCUAGUCGACCGUCCGGGGCGCCAGAACCCCGGGACUAUCCAGAUUCCCGGGGUAGAUGAGGAGACGGGCGGCGCGCAAAGGACCGGCGGCGGGGACGCCGCGGGCGGCAGGUCGCAGGCUGGCGGCAGGGAGGCCGCGGGCGGCAGGACACAGGUCGGCGACAGGGACGCUGCGGGCAGCAGGCCGCAGGCUGGCCGCGGGGCUGCCGCAGGCAGCAGCCAUCAGGCCAGCGGGAGAGGCACCACCGGUAGCGGAGCGGCGGCCCCGGGGGACAAAGGAAAAUGCCCCCGGUCGUUCGUGCCCCAGCCGACGUCCUCGUCAUCGCCAUCGCCUCCACGGCAGCUGCCGGCGGCGGGCGGCGCGAAAGAAGGAGGUCGGGGCGGCCAGUCGUCCGACGCGGAGUCUGCGACGGAGCCCAGCACCAACGCCAAUUGA